AUGUCGGCUGAAAGGACCAGAGCGCGCCGUAGCCGUUCUCCUUCAGAUGCUUUAGACGAUGAGGAACGACGGAAAGCGAGAAGGACGUCUGGUUAUGAGGUUUCACAGUUUGAAUCUCGCGAUCGCACGAAACCUUCCAUUCGACAGUUUUAUAGCGUCUGGGAGCAGAGACGAUCGAUGGCAGGUUGCACUCCCCUCUUAUUUCGUGGAAAUCGAGCUCCAACCCCUUGCAUAAAGUCACGCGGGGAGUCACCACUCGACGUUAGAGACGAUGUUUCUCAAUUUCAAGCACCUCCGGGACCGCCGCUUACGAAUAUCACCGACCGCUUACUCGACUUCGCAGAAACAGAUGAAACGAAGUGGCGCAGUCGGAUGCUUGAUGAAGCAGAGCUUGGGCUUGAUUUUGAGGAGCUUCGUAAUGUGGAUCGUCAAUGGUACGAUUCUGAGGAGAGCAAUUAUUUCCAGCACGAGGGACGUUAUGAAGAGGAUUUGGCACUUGCAGACAAGGAGGAACAUUUAAAGUAUCGACAGGGUCAACUUGACACGAUGCGUCGACGUCAAAAAUUAAAUCUUCGAGAAAGUGUCCGAAAUGCUGAUCAACAGUUAUGGGAGAUGAAUAGGCUUCGACAGUCUGGUCUCUCUGCUUCAUCGAUGGGACUUUCGAAAGACGAUUCAACGUUGCAGUCGCUGUAUGAAUUGCCAACAGCAGAUAUUGAUAGCGAUGCAGCAGUUCAUGUUCUCGUUCGAGAGUUAAAGCCUCCAUUUCUUGACGGAAGAAUUACUUAUACGACCCAAAUUGAUCCCGUUUCUGUUAUAAAGGAUCCCACUUCAGAUUUAGCGGUCUUAGCGAAGCGAGGCAGCGCUGUCUUGCGUCAUCUCAGAGAUGAGGAAGACAAAACGAAAAUGAGACAGAGAUUUUGGGAAGUAUCUGGAACGACGAUGGGAAAUAUCGUGGGGGUUGCUCAAAAGGAGAAAACCAAAGAAGAGCUGCAGGAGGAACAAGAAGCCGUGGAGGCAGCAUCUGCGAAUGACGAGGAUGAUGUUAAAAACAAUUAUAAGAAAGGGUCUCAAUUUGCGAAGCUUUUAACGUCACAGAAAGACACAGCGGUCUCUGAAUUCGCAAGGAAUCGGACUCUCGCAGAACAAAGACGCGCGUUGCCGAUUUAUGAAGCUCGUGAUGAGUUUCUCUCUCUUCUGAGAAGCCAUCAAAUUGUGAUUGUUGUCGGUCAAACAGGAAGUGGAAAAACAACCCAAUUAACGCAAUAUCUCCAUGAAGACGGAUACACACGAUGUGGGAUUAUUGGAUGCACUCAACCCCGUCGUGUUGCUGCAGUCUCUGUAGCAAAACGUGUUGCUGAUGAAAUGGAAGUCGUUCUUGGAGAUGAAGUUGGAUACGCGAUACGAUUUGAAGAUUGUACUUCUUCUAAGACGAUCAUUCAGUACAUGACCGAUGGAAUUCUACUUCGUGAAUCCCUGAUUGAUCCUGAUCUUGAUCGCUAUUCUGUCAUUGUUAUGGAUGAGGCGCAUGAACGAUCGCUCAAUACAGAUAUCCUCUUCGGAAUCCUGAGAGGCGUUGUGGCACAUCGACAUGAUUUUCGGCUGAUCGUGACAUCAGCGACGAUGAAUGCAGAAAAAUUUUCUGCUUUUUUUGGCGGUGUCCCCAUUUUUGACAUUCCAGGGCGAACUUUCCCCGUUCGAGUGGAGUACGUCAGAACGCCUGUCGAUGACUACGUUGAUUCAGCUGUUCAGCGCGCCUUGCAGAUUCAUUGCUCUCUUGCUGGAGGAACCACUGAGGGCGGCGGGGGAAGCAGCGACGGAGGGGGAGACAUUUUAAUUUUUAUGACUGGGCAGGAAGACAUUGAAGCAACUUGUCUUCUUCUUGCUGAUCGUGCUGCAAAAUUAGGAGAAAAGAUUCCUCCAUUGAGCGUCAUGCCGAUUUAUUCCACACUCCCCGCAGAUCUGCAGGCUAAAAUAUUUCAACGAAGUGACAACCGCAAGGUGAUUGUUGCAACAAAUAUCGCAGAAACAUCAUUGACAGUAGAUGGUAUUCGUUACGUUAUUGAUUGUGGGUAUUCAAAAUUAAAAGUUUAUAAUCCUAAAAUCGGAAUGGACUCGUUGCAAAUUACACCAAUAUCGCAAGCAAAUGCGCGGCAACGUUCAGGUCGAGCAGGGAGAACAGGGCCUGGCGUCUGCUAUCGCUUGUAUACGGAGCGCGCUUUUGUUUCUGAGAUGUUUGAAAACAACAUUCCAGAAAUACAGCGCACUAAUCUGUGCCAUACAGUUUUGUUGCUUAAGUCGCUUGGGGUUAAGAAUUUACUCGAAUUUGAUUUCAUGGAUCCUCCCCCACAAGAAACAAUUCUUUCAUCAAUGUAUCAAUUGUGGGUCCUGGGUGCAUUAGAUAAUCUUGGGAGUCUCACAGAAACAGGUUCACAAAUGGUUCAAUUCCCUUUGGACCCUCCUCUUAGCAAAAUGCUUCUUACGGCUUCAACAUUGAAAUGCGCAGCAGAAGUGUUGAUUAUUGUCUCCAUGCUGUCAGUUCCUUCAGUUUUUUAUCGUCCUAAGGAUCGAACUGAAGAAAGCGAUGCAGCACGUGAGAAGUUUUUCGUCGCUGAAUCAGACCAUUUGACUCUAUUGAAUGCGUAUCUCCAAUGGAAGCGCAAUAAUUGCUCACCUCAAUGGGCCAACGAUCAUUUUGUUCAUCAAAAGGCAAUGAAGAAAGUCCGAGAGGUUCGAUCUCAGCUUCUAGAUAUAAUGCAGCAGCAGAAAGUUGAGCACAUUUCAUCGGGAACUGAUUGGGACGUUGUUAGAAAAGCAAUUUGUUCUGGGUAUUUUCAUAAUGCUUCAAAAUUACGAGGAAUUGGCGAAUAUGUGAAUCUCAUUACAUCAAUUCCUUGUCACUUGCAUCCAAGUUCAUCGCUAUUUGGGGCGGGCGUUACUCCUGAAUACAUCGUCUACCAUGAAGUUGUUCUGACAACAAAAGAGUACAUGCAGAACGUCACUGCUGUUGAACCCCAAUGGCUCGCUGAAUUGGGCCCAAUGUUCUUUUACUUGAAAGAAUCAACAUCAUCCCUCGCAGAUAAGCGACAAGAAGAAAGGGAAGCAAUUUCAGCUCAAGAACGAGAGUUCCAAAUGAAAAUGAGUGAAGAUAUGAGGAAACGAAAAGAGACAGAAUUUCUAGAAGGUCAACGACAGCAAUCAGGAUUCAGAAUAGCGACGCCAGGAAUCAAAGUGUCACGAUUCAAAACUCCUUUAACUUCAACCUACGCGAGAAACAAUAUGACAUGUAGACCAGACACUCCGCUGCCAUCGGAACGGCAUGUGUCUCGCCCAGAGACACCGCGACGGUUGCAUCAUCUUUGUGAUGAGUAG